AUGUCCGAUGCCGGAUGGGUCAUCAUCCUCUACACUACUAGGCCGCACUGCAUUUACCUUCUCAACCCCCAUACAGUUACAGGCUUCAUUGCUUCCAAGAUGCAGCGCCUCGAGUCUCUUCGCUAUGGCGCCAACCACGACAAGGUGCAGGCGCCGCACAAGACGGACAACUUUCUCAACAACGAGUUCGUCCCCUCCUCAACUACCGAGUGGCUGGAAGUCCACGACCCCGCCACGAACGACGUGGUCACCCUCGUCCCGAAAUCGACGCCCCAGGAGCUGCAAGCAGCAGUCGCGUCUGCGCGCGAUGCGGUCCCAGGGUGGCAGCAGACGAGCAUCAUGAAGAGGCAGCAGGUCAUCUUCAAGCUCACCAACCUGAUCCGGGAGCACACCGACGACCUGGCCACCGCGAUCGUAAAGGAGCAGGGCAAGACCUUUGGGGACGCAAAGGGCGAUGUGCUGCGCGGCCUCCAGGUCUGCGAGACGGCCUGCGGCAUCACCACGCAGCUCCCGGGCCAGGUCCUCGAAGUCGCCAAGGACAUGGAGACGCGCUCGUACCGCGAGCCCCUGGGGAUCGUGGCCGCGAUCUGCCCGUUCAACUUCCCGGCCAUGAUCCCCCUGUGGAGUCUCCCAAUCGCCAUCGUCACCGGCAAUUGCCUGAUCCUUAAGCCGUCCGAGCGCGUGCCCGGCGCCGCUAUGAUCAUUGCGGAGCUGUGUAGGCUGGCGGGCGUGCCUCCCGGCGUGGUCAACGUCGUCCACGGCGCCCACGAAACGGUCAACUUCCUCCUCGACGAACCCGAGAUCAAGGCCAUCUCGUUCGUCGGCUCCAACAAGGCGGGAGAGUACAUUCACAGCCGUGCAACCGCCAACGGAAAGAGGGUGCAGGCCAAUCUCGGGGCGAAGAAUCAUGCUGCACUCUUGCCAGAUGCCGAUCGCUCCCACGCGCUUAAAUCGAUCGCGGGGGCUGCCUUUGGAGCUGCGGGCCAGCGCUGCAUGGCCUUGAGCGCCCUCGUUCUCGUCGGCAGCUCCAAGGAGUGGAUUGAUGAGCUGGUCCAAGUAUCUUCAAGCUUCCAGGUCGGGCCGGGAUUCGCCAAAGAUUCCGAUCUCGGCCCGCUGAUCAGUCCUCAAAGCCGCCAGCGAUGCGAGGACAUCAUCGCCAGCGCGGAAGUCGAGGGAGCAAAAAUUGUUCUAGAUGGACGCGGGAAGGCGCCAGAAGGCUUUCCUCGUGGAAACUGGGUCGCACCCACUAUCAUCACCGGCGUGAAACCUCACAUGAGGUGUUACAAGGAAGAAAUAUUUGCGCCGGUGCUGGUCUGUCUAGAGGCGGACACCUUGGAGGAAGCCGUGAAGAUCAUCAACGCCAACCCAUAUGGCAACGGGGCGGUCGUCUUCACACGGUCAGGGCCUGCGGCAAGUAGCUUUCAGAAGAGCGUCCAGGCCGGCCAGGUUGGCGUCAACGUUCCGAUUCCUGUUCCACUGCCCAUGUUCUCGUUUACAGGGAACAAGUCUAGUGUCGCGGGGACCGGCCUUCCCAACUUCUAUGGCGCCGACGGCCUUCGAUUCUACACCCAGUGGAAGACUGUAACUAGCUUUUGGAACUCGAGCGAUGUGUCUACAUCAGGAAAGCAUGUCAAUAUGGUCUAA